GCGUUGGGCUGCUCGCUGGGGCUGCAGGGUGGGGACCGGCCGUGCGCUCACCUGGGAGUGGCGGCGUUUGGGUUCCGCCCACCCCGGGUGGCCGGGCCAUGGGGACCGCGCUUGUGUACCACGAGGACAUGACGGCCGCCCGGCUGCUCUGGGACGACCCAGAGUGUGAGAUCGAGUGUCCUGAGCGCCUGACUACAGCCCUGGAAAGCCUGCAGCAGCGUGGCCUAGAGCAGAGGUGUCUACGGUUGGCCGCCAGAGAGGCCUCGGAGGAGGAGCUGGGCCUGGUGCACAGCCCGGAGUACGUGGCCAUGUUGCGGGGGACCCAGGCCUUGGGCACCAGGGAGCUCCAGGCGCUGUCUGGACAGUAUGAUGCCAUCUACUUCCAUCCGAACACCUUCCACUGUGCUCGGCUGGCCGCAGGGGCUGCGCUGCAGCUGGUGGACGCUGUGCUGACUGGAGCUGUGCACAACGGGCUCGCCCUGGUGAGGCCUCCUGGGCACCACAGCCAGAGGGCCGCCGCCAACGGAUUCUGCGUGUUCAACAAUGUGGCAAUAGCAGCCAAACAUGCCAAGCAGAAACACGGGCUGCACAGGAUCCUCAUUGUCGACUGGGACAUCCACCAUGGCCAGGGCAUCCAGUAUAUCUUUGAGGACGACCCCAGCGUCCUUUACUUCUCCUGGCACCGCUACGAACACGGGCGCUUCUGGCCCUGUCUGCGCGAAUCAGAUGCAGAUGCUGUCGGGCAGGGGCAGGGCCGCGGCUUCACUGUCAACCUGCCCUGGAACCAGGUUGGGAUGGGAAAUGCUGACUACGUGGCUGCCUUCCUGCACGUGCUGCUCCCCCUGGCCUUUGAGUUUGACCCUGAGCUGGUGCUAGUCGCAGCAGGAUUUGACUCAGCGGUUGGGGAUCCCGAGGGGCAGAUGCAGGCCACGCCAGAGUGCUUUGCCCACCUCACGCAGCUGCUGCAGGUGCUGGCUGGCGGCCGGGUCUGUGCCGUGCUGGAGGGUGGCUACCACCUGGAGUCGCUCUCUCAGUCGGUGUGCAUGAUGGUACAGGCACUGCUGGGUGACCCUGUCCCACCCCUGUCAGGGUGCAUGGAGCCGCAUCGCAGCGCCCUGGAGUCCAUCCAGAGUGUCCGGGCAGCCCAGGCUCCUCACUGGAUGAGCCUCCAGGAGCAAGAUGUGGCCCCUGUACUGAGUCCCAGCACCGGCUCCCCAGAGGGGAGGCUCUCACCUCUGUUGCCUGGCGGGCCCGAAUUCAAGGCAGCAGCAGCCCAGGCCGUGGCUGCAUUGAGCUCCCUCCUGGACCAGCUGCGCCUCCACCCCACGCCCUCCGUCCGCACAGCUGUUGCCCUGACUGCGCUGGAUGCAGCACUGCUCCUGCCCCCUGAUGUCCUCCAUCAGGAGGGGUCAGCCCCACAGGAGGAGACGCAGGUCUGGGCCAGGCCACAUGAGGCCUUGGCCCAGGACAAGGCCCUCACUGCACUCGGGAAGGUCCUGUAUCUCUUGGAUGGGAUCCUGGAUGGGCAGGUGAGCAGCGGCAUCGCAGCCACCCCGGCCCCUGCUGCAGCUGCCACCCUGGAUGUGGCCAUUCGGUGUGGCCUGUCUCAUGGAGCCCAGAGGCUGCUCUGUGUGGCUGUGGGACAGCUGGAUCGGCCCCUAGACCUUGCCGAUGAUGGGAGGAAUCUAUGGCUGAAUAUCAGGGGCAAGGAGGCAGCUGCCCUGUCCAUGUUCCACGUCUCCAUACCACUACCAGAGACAACUGGUGGGUUCCUGAGCUGUGUCCUAGCCCUGGUGCUGCCCCUGGCCUAUGGCUUCCAGCCUGACCUGGUGCUGGUGGCACUGGGGCCAGCCCAUGGCCUGCAGAACCCCCAAGCUGCACUCCUGGCUGCACUGCUGCGGGGACCAGCAGGGGGCCGAGUGUUGGUACUGGUGGAGGAGGUGAGUUGGGCAGAGGGGACAUGCUGGGGGGUGGGAGGUGGGGAGAGACCAGUGACUCUCUGCUUCCACCUCUGCCCCUGGCCCAGGAAUCCACACCCCAGCUUGCAGGGGUCCUGGUCCGGGUGCUCCGUGGAGAGGCCCCCCCCAGCCUGGGCCCCUUCUCCAGGGCCUCCCCAGAGGACAUGCAGGCCCUGGAGCACCUGAGAGGGCAGCUGCGGCCGCAGUGGAAAAUGCUGCAGGUGGCCGCUCCUCCAGUGCUGUGACCUGGGAGCUUGGCGUCGGCCGGGGUGGAAGUCUUUACACCCCGGGACGGACACCACCACCUGGCCCCCAGGGCCGGUUAACCGUCACCGGCACGGCUCGCCCGCGGCCGUGUCCCGACCGGCCCUGCGUCCACUGGGCGCCCCCGCCGCCCUGCGCGGACGGCCCGCCCUGCCCCCCCACGCCCCGGCAAUAAAUAGUUAAGCAAAAGCCUGACUCCGUCU